AUGUACGUAACACCCGUAAAUGGUAAUGUCAACAGACAAGCAACCUCGUCGGAAGAACAGAGAACUGAAUUUUAUUUAAGAGUCACCGGUGCAUAUCUCCCCGUCGGCUGCACCAUUCGGCGACGUGAUGGGAAAAAAUCGCUCUGCCCGGCGUAGGCUCAAGCGAGGCAAGGAUCCGGCCAGUGUUGCAGCGGCUGGUCUCGCUUACGAGCCGCCGGACGGGGGUUGGGGCUGGCUGGUCGCCGUCGGCUCCUUCACCGAGAUGUUCCUGACGAUGGGAACGCUGCUGUGCAGCGGCGUCUACUUCACGCCGGUACAGGAAGAGUUCGAGGUCAGCAGCGCCGAACUAGGAUGGAUCAUAAGUUCCGGCUCCACUUUGCUUUCAGCAACAUGCCCGAUCGGCAGCGCCUGCGUCAAGAGGUUCGGUUGCCGAGUGACGUCGCUGAUUGGCGGGUCGGCUGUGGCCUGUGGGUUCAUCGCCAGUUCCUUCGCUGGGUCCAGCAUCCACAUUUUCAUCACGCUGGGUCUGAUUGCAGGCAUUGGCUCCGGACUCGUGUUUGUUUCGGCAACGGUCAUUCUCGGCCACUACUUCAAGAGGCGCUACGCCAUCGUCAAUGGGCUGGCCUUCACCGGCCCCGGCAUCGCCAUCUUCGUGUUGCCGCCGUUGCUGGACUACCUCAUCAAAAACUACGGAUGGAGGGGCUCGCUCCUGAUACAAGGCGCCAUCGGGAUGCACACCGUGGCGGCGGCGGCGCUGUUUCGACCGCUGCCCAGUGAGCUGUGUUAUCGUAGCCACAGGAAGACUGGCUCCAAACGCAGCAACCUGACGGCGGCGAGCUAUUCGCGUAUUGAAAUGGAGGAAUUUGAAACUGGGUGCUCGGAGAGGGACGAGACUAAAUCGGCAAUUGAUGAAAAUGGCAACAGGAGGGACGAUGAUUUGCUAAAGGAAGGGGUGACGGAAAGCCACGUUGAUUCUACUGCGAGUAUAACAUCGGACAAGGAAAUGAAUUUAUCAAAAUGGAGAGGUUCUUCCUCGAGUAUUUGCCAAUCUCCGAGUGCCGAAAUCGGGCAAGUCCGGGAUCCGGUGCCAGCAGAUCACAUGGCGUUCGACAGUGAAUCGGGAGCAGACGCUUCGGAAAGUAAUGAGGAAAGCGUGGACCAAUCAGACGCGGCUUGCAACGGCAGCGACCAAUCGAAACGCGUCAGGCGUUCUUCGUCAGACAGGCUGAGCUUCCGGAACAACUGUUGGCCUCUGUACGCGGCGGCGUUCGUGCUGGUCUGCCCAGUCAGCUUCUUCCAAGCCUGUGCCUUCUACUCAGUUACUAUCCACUUGGUCGCCCGCACGGGCCUAGUGGGCGUGUCGGCCCACUUGGCCGGUAUGUCGCUGUCGGCCCUGGGCGCGGGGUCCUCGUUCACCAGACUGGCCCACGGCUGGUUCAUCCACCGCGGCCUGGUCUCCGCCAUCACGGCCUACAUUAUCGCCCUAAUCGUAGGGGUGAUUGGCGCAUUCGGCAACGCCGUGUCUCGGACCUACGUCGGCGUGAUGAUAGCGUGCCUUGUCAUCGGUUUCUCCUCAGGUUCCGUGUACCCGCUCGUCCCAGUAGUACUGCGAGAUUUGGUUAGUCUCAGGGGACUGCCUACAACCUAUGGAUUAGCAAUGUUCUUUGACAGCUGUGGAGUAUUUGCUGGCGGCUUCACGGCAGGGCUUUUGCGUGACGUCACAGGCACCUACACGGCAUCCUUUUGUACCACUGGAGUAUAUUACUCCAUAGCUACAUUAUUUUUAAUCCUCGUCUUCUUCAUCAUGAGAUUGCACCGUGGACGUGAGCAAGCGGAAGCUGAAGUGGUACCCAGUGAGCGGCUGGAGAAUGGAGACUACCAGAACGUUUGACUUCCAGUCUGCAAGUAAUGAACCUGAACAGUGGUGGUGGCGUGAGACUGAAGUAUUGUAAAGAGAAGUAUCGUGUCUAAUGCUUACAAAGCGUGUUGCAUUCGAAAAGAAUGUCCAACUGUCAUCUCUGCUUGUUUGUGGAUUUCGUUGUUAUAUUUGCCGCACAAAGAACCAUUUCUACGAUGGAAGCUAGGUUUGGGAUUAUGUAUUUCUUCACAAUAGCUUACCGCACGAAAUAUAUAAGUAUUUUUCUUUCCUUGAAAUGUUUCUGGCUUUAAUUUGGCAUUACCUUCGAAGUCUACUUUGCGAAUAUAUGUAUAACAUGUUAAAACUUGGGGAACUAACACAGAUGUUACCUCAGUUUCUAGUGAUGAGCGUUUAUCUGUAUACAUUGAAUGAAAAAAAACCUUAUGCUAAAAGAGUGAAUUUAACUGUAUAGAAUUAACACAUAAAGAUUACGCGAUAAAAUAUCAAACACGUAUUUAAGUCAAUGGAUCGUGGUGGGCAUUAAAUGAAUGCAUGAAUUAUAUUAUCAUGGUGAUUAAUUAUAUGACAUGAGCUAUUUAUUUUGGCUUCCUUUGCAAGAUUUGUACGUGUUUCCAUCCGUUACUGUCCCUCACCUUUAUGCUCUAAGCACCUCAGUUUCUUACAUCGUGUAGCAAGGCUUUGCUUUAGGUCAACGCGCACAAUACAGUGGAACACUGUUACAGCAAGGUCCUUGAGACCUAACAAAUUACCUUGUUAUAAUCGUUAGCUUAUAUUAAUUAGCAGAAGUGGAGAACAAAGACUUGGGACCUAAAAUUGACCUUGUUAUAAACGUGACCUUGUAUAUUUAAAGUGGUCUGUGUUCGAUCGUAUACUGAUUUUAAGGUAAUACACGUGUCGUCACAGUUGAACCUCGUUAAUUAAUAAGAUAUCCUUUGAACUUUGCAGAUUAUGCAGAUUACUUUGUUAUAGCAGGAACCAGUCAUUAUGAGGAAUAAAAACAAUGAAGAACAAA